AUGACCAGCCACACGAGCAGCCCCGACAUUCUCCCCACUACCUCCGACUCAUGGGACAAGCCGCAAUACCUGCCGCUGGAAAACCCGGAGCUGUACCUGAUUGAUUACAACGGCCCGGACGAUCCCGAGUGUCCGCUCAACUGGCCCAUGCGACGCAAAAUCCAGACGACGGUGCUCUAUGCCAUCAUGACCUUUGCAGCCCAGAUGAACUCGGCUAUUUUUUCGCCAGCGGCUCCCCAUCUCAUCAAUGCCAUGGGGGUGGGCCAUGAAGUAGCCACCCUCACAACAUCUCUCUAUGUGGCAGGAAUUGCAUUUGGACCUUUGCUGUUUGCACCCUUCUCCGAGGUCUAUGGCCGCAAAAUAGGAGUCACCAUGCCCUUUCUCAUCUCUAUUCUCUUCACUUGUGGAACGGGAGGCAGUGAAAACAUCCAGAGUAUCAUUCUCACCCGGUUUUUCGCGGGAUUUUUCGCCUCAGCACCCAUUGUUUCCUCCGGAGGCGUCCUGUCCGAUAUCUGGGCACCUUCAGUCCGAGGAAACUACAUGGUGUUAUAUGGAGGCUUUGUGAUUGCAGGAGCGUCUCUAGCGCCCCCGAUCGGAGCUCUGCUUCUCAAACACUCCCCCACGGCCUGGAAAUGGGUCUGCUGGUUCAUGGUAGCUCUCAGCAGUCUUAUUCUGGUGCUGGUGUUGAUUCUCUGUCCGGAAACGUACCCUCCAGUGCUACUACAGCGAAAGGCCCGAAAGAUCCGUCUCGAAUCAGGAAACUGGGCUUACCACGCAAACCAUGACCGAUGGCAGUUCACACUUGACGAAUUCAUCAAGCGGCAUCUGAUCCGGCCAUUUGCUAUGCUAUUGACACCCAUUUGUUUCUUCAUUGCGCUUUAUGCGUCCUUCGUAUACGGCAUCUUCUAUCUUACGCUGACUUCCGUCAACUAUCAAUUUACCCAAUACAGACACUGGGGCUACGUCGAGGCCUUUUUGCCUACAAUUGCCGUUUUUGCCGGCGCAAUCGUCUUUGGGUCAGCCUCCAAUCUGUGGAGUGGAAAGCGCUAUCGUCGACUGGUGCUGGCCAAUGAUGGAAAGGCCAUCCCCGAAGAACGGCUCGUAGUGAUGAUGAUUUUCGGCUGGAUUUUCUCUGCAGGACUCUUCAUCACUGCCUGGACGUCGUCGCCAGACAAUCACUGGGCCCUUCCAUGCUUAGGCCUGCUUCUAACAGGCUGGGGCUUCUUCGUCAUCUUCCAGGCGUGUCUCAACUACCUGGUGGACGCCUUCCAAAGAUAUGCUGCGUCGGCAGUGGCUGCCAACACCUUUGCCCGCUCCGUGUUUGGAGCUGUCUUUCCCCUCUUUGCAAAGCAGCUGUUUGACACCUUGGGUGUAGAUUGGGGACUCUCGCUGCUGGCAUUUGUGGCUGUGGCCAUGAUUCCCAUUCCGUGGGUAUUUUACCGCUACGGCAAUCGCCUACGAGGCAAGAAUCCGUUUCUCAGCGUUGUUUCGUGA